AUGAAGACCCUGGCCACCUUUCUCUGUAUUGCGGGCCUGGUCCAUGCGAUCUCAAUCGUUGACUUCGAUACAUGUUCCAUACCGUAUAUCAUUCCUCUGAUUCUACAGAACGCCUGCGAUAGGAGCGACGAGUAUUUGAACCCCGUCAAUGUAGAGAAUGCUGAAGACAUCUCCGUCAUAGGCAUCGCCCCGCCAAAUAACAUAACCGCCGCUGGGAUUAGAACGACGCCAAACCGGUGGACUCACGAACCAUUCUGCAUCGAAUCUGCAGAAGCCAAUAAUGGUUUCUGCGUGUAUACUAACGACCGUUUCGCAAACGGUAGAGGGAUAUCUAUUGUUACAACCCCAAAAGAAGUAGCAAGUCUGCUGGAAGCAGCCGCAUUCAAAGAACCAAGCGACAGUGAAAUAUUCAAGCAUCCCGAAGGCAACGCAUACAAGCAGCAGCCUCAGGUGAUACCUGGCAAAGGACGUGGCGUGCUCGCAAAUGCUACGCUGAAUCGAGGUGAUUACCUUCAGGGCUACACACCUAUCCUUCUCUUCCAGGACGAUUUCAUGCAGUUUGUCAAGUUGGAUGACCGAGAUCUGCUUAUUAGACUAGCCAUCCAAAGGCUAUCACCAAAGACACAAGAGCUUUUCAACAGCCUCCACAACCACUUCCCAGGUGAUCCGAGCGUAUCUCGCAUUAAGACGAACGCGUUUCAAGCUUACGCUGGAGCUGCUAAAGACCAUUUCUGGGCCAUCAUUCCUGAAGCAGCGCGAUAUAAUCAUGACUGUCGACCGAACACAGCCUAUUACUUCGACAAAGAUUCCUUGACGCAUCGUAUCCACGCCAUGACCAGAAUCAACCCUGGCGAAGAAAUUACGGUCACUUACACGCCUGGGGGGAUGAAGCAUGCUGAACGUCGAACCUUCAUUGAACGUGAAUGGGGUUUUAAAUGCACGUGCUCGAAGUGUUCGGCACCGAAGAGUCUUGUUGAACUUGCAGAUCUUCGACUCGACACAAUAAAGCAGAUUGAGAAGGAGCUCAAUGACAUCUCACCGCGGCGAACCGCUACCACGGCGACUGCCGAAACGCUCGUUUCGCUUUACGAGCAAGAACAUCUCUACACGCAAAUCGGCCAGGCGUACAUGUAUGCAGCAUUAGAAUACUCCUACAUUGGCGACAAGGACGGACUACGAAAGUGGGUGCCGUUAGCACUUGAAGCUUUGGCACUCUGGAAGGGAGAAAGCCACCAAUUCUACCGGUCUAUGGUAGUAUUGAGCGUUGCGCCCGAAGAGCACAGGUCCUGGAAGUAUAUUGUAAAUGGCUUCACCUUGAACGACGGGUCGAAAAUUGAGCCUUUGAAGCCAGUCUCUCAAAGAGUGCUGGCACCUGGUGGGCAAGAGAUCGAGGCUUUGACAGCAGCGUAA